AUGGCGUGGACUCUAGUUGCUACAAAUAAUUCCGCUUCUUCUCUUCUAUCUUUGGAAGAAGGUCACAUAUUACCGAACAGAACAAUAUGCCUUGUUACCCCAGCUUCCACCAUCGCUACUAUGGGGCCAUUUGUCCACGCUAGGGAAACUCGCAAAGAUGAACUCUUCAGGGCCAUACACGAUAGUCUCAACAAGCCCGCCCUAUUUGUUGUCGAUUCGCGACCAGUUAGCCCCCCAAUGUGCGUGAUCUGCGAUCAUGAUGUUGCAGAGCAAAUAUCCCAAAGUUCGAAGCUGUUUCAGUACAGCCUUCCCAAGUCAGAAGUUACUCGCUGGUACACCGACAUGAUGGGUCCGCUCUCCAUUGUUCUCGCACAGGACGAAGAGUGGAAAUGCCUUCGCAAACAGUUUAAUCCGGGAUUUGCUCAUAAGCAUCUGAUCAGUCUCAUGCCGUGUAUAUUGGAUAAAACACAGAUCUUCAUGACCAGGCUCGAUCAUUAUGCCAGCACUGGCGAGGAGUUCUCACUGGACGAACUAUGUACAAAUUUGACAUUUGACAUUAUCGGCGCGGUCACCAUGGGUAUCGAUAUGGAUGCCCAGCUCGGAGAAGAAAACCAAAGUGCAAUCGUUCGACUCUUCCGCAAACUAGGCUCAACCUAUCGUUCUAGUCACAGCGGAUGGAAAUUUUUUCUUCCUCUUCAAAGGAAGUUAAUCUGUCGUCAACUUGGGACCCGCAUCAAAGAGCGCAUCAAGGAAAAGUUUGAGGAGCAAGCAGCUUCACAGAAGCCAUCUCGUAGUGUCCUUGCUCUCAGUCUAGCCGACACCCAUGAAUUAACGCCCAGAGUUCUAGACCGGACUUGCGACCAACUCAAAUCCUUCCUAUUUGCUGGCCAUGAUACGACCAGUAUAUUGUUACAAUGGACAUUCUAUGAACUGUCUCGGACACCGCACGUCUUGCAUCGUGUCUGCAAAGAACUGGAUGACAUCUUUGGUCCCGACUCGACUCCAACCCACAUUCGAGAUCAAAUCUUACACCAUGGAGAGAAUGUUCUUCGACGAAUGAUCUACACCUCCGCCGUCAUCAAGGAGAUUAUUCGCCUGUAUCCACCAGCUGGGACAUCGCGCUUUUCCGCCCCUGACACUGGGUUCACCAUUCGACUACCAAAUGGUCAAGACGUGUGUCUGGAUGGGCUCAUGAUCUAUAACUGUCCGAGUAUCAUACAGCGUGAUCCAGCUGUGUACGGUGACAAAAGCGAUCAAUUUAUUCCUCAACGCUGGCUGGAAGCCAACUUCACCAUACCGGCGAGUGCUUGGCGGGCUUUUGAGCGUGGACCACGCAACUGCAUUGGACAAGAGCUCGCGAACAUCGAAGCGCUUGUGAUUCUUGCCUGUGCGACACGGCGAUAUAAUUGGGAGAAGGUAGGACUUGGGGCAACCAAGCGGGAUGAGUCAGGUGCGCCGAUUGAAAGCAAAAAUGGACAAUACGAAGUUCAGUCAGAGCUAUACAAUACACUAGAGAUUACUGCCAAGCCAGUGGAUGGAAUGAGGAUGCGAGUGAAGGUAUCAAGAGGAUAG